GUGGAAUUGUUCCAGCUCUCUGCCCGAGAGUUCAAUGCGAAGCAUCAAUGCGUUGCUGCAGCCAGGCUCCCAUUUGCAAGGCGGUGGGGCAGGCCAGCGGGGAGUUGGUGAACGCAGCUGUUGCCCUGUCGCUGGAGCUGGGGCUGGAGGUGGCUCAACAAGCUGACAUGAGCCCAGAGCCGAUGUAACCCCGCACGCUCCACGGCCGGUGACAUGGACACUGGGAGCCGCACUCCGACGCACGCAGCUGGGAAUUACUGGCAUUCCAAGAGAGGACUGCUCGGAGCUGACAUGGACAGCGGACGCGCCUCUUAAGGAAAAAAAAAAAAGAAGAAAGAAAUAAAAAACGGGGAAAGACUCCGCAGCAGUCGCAGCCCGGCGGCUGGAAUGACAUUUGUUUGGGCACCUGGAUCCCUCCGCUUUGGAAAAGAGUCCAACUUAUUCAGGAGUUUGCGACGACAAAGUUGAGGAGCUCGGCGACAGCGGGACGGCUUGGCAAUGCGCGCCUGAGGGAGAGCGAGAGAGAAAGCGAGCGAGCGAGCGAGCGAGCAGGCGGUGCGUCUCGCGCCAAUAGAGCCGAGGGAGCCUGCGCCUGAGACGCUUGGGUCGGCCGACGGGCCCGCUCGGCAUCACGGUGGGCUGUCGCUCUUCUCCUCCGCACCGUCACGGCAACAUGUCUGCAAAGGAGAACCCCUGUCGGAAAUUCCAGGCGAACAUUUUCAACAAAAGCAAGUGUCAGAACUGCUUCAAGCCGCGGGAGUCGCACGCGCUCAUCGACGAGGAUCUGAGCCAGGCAAAGCCCGUUUAUGGAGGUUGGCUGCUUCUGGCGCCUGAGGGAACGGAUUUUGACAACCCGGUGCAGAGGAGCAGGAAAUGGCAGAGGAGGUUCUUCAUCCUGUAUGAACACGGACUUUUACGCUAUGCCCUCGAUGAAAUGGUGAGUUGGUUUCUUUGGCUUUAUAUUGCACCUGUAGCUCCUCUUCUCGCCAGUGUCCGGUUUGUUUUGCCUGCUUUCCAAUUGCAGUGCUCUUUGCCAGUGUGAUAUGGCAAUACACUUAGAGUGGGUAUACAUUUUUCCAAGUGUGCCAUGGCCUGUGUGGUACUAAAGAGAGCGAUACCCUGCUUCACAUCAAGGUUUACCUUCUCACUUGCCACUUGAAGCCUUGCAUGUGCCGUUCUUGCAGUCCUGAGCUGGAGGAAGCGUUGAGCUUUAUCACCGCUUUGUUGGAGGAUACAUUGGGGCUGCCACCUUAACUUGUAAGGCGUCGACCACCAUUGGCCGCUCAUUC